AUGGCGAAGAUAUUUCAGGUUUGUGAUGAGGUUUCGAAAAUUUCCCAGGAGAAGGAAGAUUGGAAGAUUACGGUGAAAGUGAUUAGGAAGUGGUUGGCGGAAGGAUUUAAAGGUUCCAAAAUUCCUAAUUCUCUUGAGAUGGUUCUUAUGGAUGCAAAGGUGAAGAAGUAUCCAAUUGCAAUUGAACCUUACACCUUUGUUCCAGUUGCUGAAAUAGUGAAUCAGGAAUACAACACGAAUUACUUAGCAGUUCUUACUAGUAUUGGGACAGAGAGGGUGUUAACACAAGAGAGAAGUGGUGUGAAGAUGAAUUUGAUUGAAUUAGAUUAUGAUGGGGUGAAAAUUGAAUGUGCUUUGUUUGGUGUAUAUGUUGAUAUUUUGAAUUCCUUCCUAAGUGAUGGCGAUAUUAAUAAUGUUGUUGUUAUAAUUCAGUUUGCUAAGGCGAAGAUUUUUAACGGUAGUUAA